CACUUUUGGACGAAGCAGCAAGGAGUGGUUUCUUUAAGGAGAACCGUCCCAAAUCAAUGGAAUAGCCCCCAAACUGAGAUCCCAACAGGGUCCCAACAAGUUUUAUCCACAUUCAAAAGAAAGUGCGUCGGCCACGUUUUUAGCAGCGCUUUGUUGUGAGAGGAAUGAACUUCCCUGGAAAAUAACCGCCUGGACAGAGCAAAGAGUCACCACCGCUGGACGGUCGGUGGGUUUUAUUUUUCGCCCUCUUAACAUGUCUGGUAAAGAAGUUGAAAAUACAAAUUCACUUUGAAACGUGGCUCUGAAGCUCUGCAUUCCAUACAGACGAAGGAAUUUUUAAAAUCACCUUGCAUACCAAGUGAUUCUUUUCAGCAGUCAAGUGCUGUGUCUGAAGAAGUCAACCUGCUGUUUGAAUUCACCCUGAAAGACCAUGCUGUCCCUCCUGCUUCCUGCAGUGCUGGCCGUCCAAGCAAUGGCUUUGAUGGAAUUGCAGGUCCCAGAGCAACCAGUGGUGGCGCUGCACGGUAGCGAUGUCACACUCAAUUGCACUUUCAGCCAUGCCAGUUCUUUCAACUUGUCCGAUCUGAGUAUCUUCUGGCAGCUGACGGACACCAAACGCAGUGUGCAUGGGUACUGGGAUGGACAGGACCAACUGGCGGACCAGGCGGAGAGCUUCACCAACCGCACCAGGUUGUUCCCUUCUCAGCUGAGCCUGGGCAACGCUUCGCUCCUGCUAAGCAGAGUGGUGGUAGCUGAUGAAGGCAGCUACACCUGCUUUGUCAGGGUGGAGGACUACGGCAGUGCUGCUUUGUUUCUGCAGGUGGCUGCUCCUUACACCAAACCCGUGUUGACUGUAGAGCCUGAAUCCAACCUGCGGCCAGGCGAUGAGGUGGCCCUCACUUGUGUGGCGUAUGGAGGUUAUCCAGAGGGUGAUGUUAUAUGGCAGGAUGGGAGCGGCCGCAACCUGACAGACAACAUCACCACUUCAAUGGUGGCCAAUGAGAAAGGUCUGUUCUCUAUGACCAGUGUGCUAACAGUAGUCCUGGAGCCAAACAGCACCUACAGCUGCCGACUGAUCAACGCAUUACUUGGCGAAGAGGGCUACGCCUUUGUCACUAUCACAGGUCAGAACAUCGCAUUCCCCCCGGUGGCUCUGUGGGUAACUGUUGGCCUGGCCGUGUGUCUGCUGGUGCUGCUCAUUGCUCUGGCUGCUGUGUGCCGCAGGAAGAUCAAGGAGAGCUGUGAGGAGGCCAGGAGAGAAGCUGAAGAGGCCAAGGAGCUGGAAGAAGAAGAGUCAAAGACAGCUAUGACACCACUGAAGAGCUAAGGCAGAGAGAAUAAAGGAGUUGAGGCCAGACGUUGGGGGGGGAGAUGAGUCUGGCGGGUAAUCCCACUCCACCUAUCCAUCAACCUGGAGACUAUUUCCAGCAUCCCCUGCAGAAUGUCAGAGCCUCGCUGAGCAGAAGAUGAGUCAUCAUCUUCUUACCAAGACCUUCCCUCGAGUUUCCAUCAAAACACAUAAACCCAUCGUGCCCCAUUAUUUUCUAUUGCCCUCACUCCUUUCUUGUCAAUGAAGAGAGUAGAUACAGUUGAGUGAGUUGUGUCCUUUGCAAUAUGCAGAACAGCAGCCCUGUUUGAAAACUACAGGAUGUGACAGGAUCCUUUGUCCGUUGCUGACAUCACUCUGUAUGGGUUGUGAUGGGGCAUGUGCCAGACAUCUCCUGUCUAAUAGGAAGUGAGACACUUAAAGAGAUGACCCUGGCUGAGUUGCCAGAGAGAGAGAGCUUGGCUCUCCCAUUACUCCAGCACUUGCUAAUUAGCGUCUGUCGCUGGAGUAACUUGUACCUGUCAGUGUGUGCUGCUCUCUUAUAUUCAGUAAGUUGAGGGAAUUGAAAUUGAAUGCCAGCUAAGCUCCAACAAACUGCAAAUGGUGCAUGGGAUACACCCUGGUUUUCUCACUGACCUGACAGCUUUCCAUGUAAGAAAUAGUUUUUAAUGAACACAGACAACUUUAGCUAUUUUCUACAGCUGGUGUUAAAUGUUUGAUCUCCUCCAGGCCAGGUUGUUUUAUUACGUUUUUUAAGUACUUAAGCAAGCCCCAGUGCCAUAUGUCCAUGUAUGAAUACCAAAGCCAUUUGUGUGCGAUAACCGAGUGCCUAUUUACAUUAAAGAGACAUGGUGAAA